AGAUGUCUGACUGUUGCGUGGUGCUGUUGGGAGACAAAACAGUGAAGGAAAGAAAAUAAGAAGAAGAAUUCCGCAACAGUCGGCGGUAUCUGUAGGAUGUGAACUUUAUGAUUGUAGUAGGUUAAUAGAGUGAUGAAGAAUAAAGCAUGAUUGCGGCAGUGUGCUGUGGCGGAGCACUGGAAGUUACACUGCAGGGGUGGGACUCCUGCAUUCUCUCUCUCUCUCUCUCUCUCUCUCUCUUCUUGGAGGGAAUGCCUCUCCCGAAUCCCACCGGUCACACCAGCGUCCAGGAUGCGCUCUUUAAACUGAUGCUCUCAGUCUGAGCCAAAGCGAACCUGUUAAUGCAUUUGGUUUGGUGGUUAAACGCAGAUGAUGCGUAUGGAGAGAGGAGCGUGAGAAGCAACGAAGGGAGAGCGGAGUCCCCCAUCCCCUUACACCGAAAACAAAGUCUUCUAAGGCGGUGGGACCAUGUCCUCUUCACACAGCCAGGACAUCUCUGACUACCAUGUCAGUGUGAUCCGCAAUCCUCCUGCCUGGGAGGUUGGUGUCUACCUGUUGGGGUUUUUGGUUCUGCUUGGCAUUGUAGGAGUAAAUCUGUGGAAGCUUUGGAGGUCUGGCUCUUUCCCUGCUCCCUCACCAUACCCCAACUUCAAUUACCGCUACCUGCAGGAGAAAUAUGGCACCUCUUAUUCUGAAGUCAGACAGAAGUGCGUUGCAGCUUCCAACCACCGACGAGCAUCCUCUGCGAGCCGUAAGCCUAGCCUGCAGCUGGCUGACACACCUGACGGCUUUCGCGAACUCGGGCCUCUGGAGCUGAUGAGCCGGGAGCUGGAGAUGAAGCGCUCCGCGUCGGUGGACUCGCUGUGCUCCAUUUCAUCCAUUGCCCAAACGUUCGGCCAUGAUGUCACCGUGGGCCAACUGGAGGUGACGCUGGAGCUCGAAGCACGAGCCUCGCUGUUACAUGUCACCCUGCAUCAGGCCAAGGACCUGAUGGAGAAAGAGGAGGAGAAUUUUCCAGGUUGCUACGUCACAGUUACACUGCUACCUGACGAGAUCAAUGUGGGCGUCACACGGAUUCAGAGCAACGCCUUCACCGUGUUGUUUGAUGAGCGUUUUUCUAUUCCACUGGACGCAGUGGCUGUGGAGGAGUACAGCCUGCGCUUCUCAGCAUUCGGAGUGGACUUGGACGAAAGGAACAUCAGUGCAGGGCAGGCGGAACUCAAAAUGUCUGAUCUCGACUUGUCCAUAAGGCCUUUCAAUGCUUGGCUAUACCUCCAGGACAUUAAUAAGGCCGUGGAUGCUGUUGGAGAGAUUCUGCUCUCCCUCAGUUACCUUCCCACCGCAGAGCGCCUCACAGUGGUGGUGGCUAAAGCGAAGAACCUGGUCUGGACUAACGGCAAAACCACAGCAGAUCCGUUUGUGAAGGUGUACCUCCUCCAAGAUGGAAGGAAGAUCAGUAAGAAGAAAACCUCCAUAAAGAGAGAUGAUACUAACCCCAUCUUCAAUGAGGCUAUGAUCUUCUCUGUGCCUGCCGUCGUGCUUCAGGACCUCUCUCUAAGAGUCACAGUGGCUGAAAACACAGAAGACGGGCGUGGUGAAAACGUAGGUCAUGUGAUCAUCGGGCCAGAGGCAAGCGGCAUGGGCAUCACUCACUGGAACCAAAUGCUGGCGACUCUGCGCAAACCCGUCUCCAUGUGGCACCCGCUGCGGAGGACCUAAUCUGAUUCCUGCCCUCCUGAUCCCACCUGCAUGGUGCCUACUGUCUCCGUGACCCAAUCAUCAAGACUUCAUCAAGAGGUCAUCGUUAUUCAGGAAAAAAACAGUAUCUUCUUAAAGCAGUUGCACAGCCAGAGCCACGGAGCAGAUUGUAAAAGGAAAGACUCUGAGAGAGACUCUGCCUGUCUCUGCUUUAAUUCCCAGGUCCUUUUAUCCAGGUUAAAUCUGUCUUCAUUUGUAGCAGUUAUAACAGGGUGGCUGACCCCAUUGAGGGCCAGUCAACACUGAGUUGUAGUCAUUUGUUCAGUUGUGGAGUAAGGAGUAAGUGCAGCCACAUUCUAAUACCUACAAAUUAUUAUUAUUAUUAUUAUUAUUAUUAUUAUUAUUAUUAUUAUUAUUAUUAUUAUUUCUGUGUUCUGUGUGGUUUUAUAUUUUUAUGCUCAGUAAAAAGCAAUAGAACACAUCUGUAUGUAUGAUGGAGAGAACUUUAACCACUUCUUUGUGAGAGUGCAGUAGUUCAAAGAGUGUACAAAUUCAUUCUUGUUAAAUUCACAUUCCCGUCCCGUCCAUCGGAGCCUUUCUGCUCGUAAGAGAGACAAGCUCUGUGUUGUAUCACGGUGAAAGUGAACGCAUUAAACAUGAAUUAUAUAUUUGAUAUUAUAUUUUAGUUCACACCUUCGUCCCUGGGUUUGCCUGCAUUUUGGAAAUUUAUUCUGGGCGUUGUUAAUCACCUGUUGGAAGUGUUUGUUGAGUUUCUGCAGUUUUGAUUUGUUGAUUUUUAUGCAUUCUGUCUAGAGAGAUUUGUUUAAAAAAAAAAAAAAGAAAAAGAAAAAAAAAAAAAGAAGAAAAAGACAUCCUGCCUCCAACUGUUACUGACUACUGACUACUACGAGGAGUUUGGCAAUAAAAUUUCUUUCAUUCAGCAGAAAUCCAUUCAACAUUCACAUUCAGAUAAAGGCAAAAAUCUUACUACAUGUUCCUCACAUCCAGGCAAGAGUCUGUUCAAAGACAUGUCUAGAAAUAGUAUACAACUAACCAGGUUCAAGUUUUUAUUAAUGUAGCCUAGAUGAUUAGCGUUAUCUCAGUGCAGUGUUUGAGGUUUCAUGACUAACUCUGUUGUACACAGCACUCAGUUUCAUCCUGUGCCAAAUCAACCACUAGAGAAGCAAUAUUUUAUUUAGGCUUGAGUCUAUAUUCUGUUUGUGAACAAUGAAAUUUAAAAAAAAAAAAAAGAA